CAAGAAAGGGGGUCCGAGGCGGUCUCAGGCUGGUGGGGCGGAGGCUGUAGUCUCCAACCUUCACCGCGGGACUCAACCCUCCCCAGAGCACAGCUUCGCUGAGCCAACCUGUCCAGGUCCCCAUUCCGGCCUUGGCAAUGACCCUGCGCUCCCAAAUCAUUCGCUCCAAGUUCCGAUCUGUCCUCCAACUUCGGAUCCACAGACGGAAUCACGACUCAAUACUCUCAGGGUCCUUCAAUGUCUCUCCAGUCUUGGAUCCCAAUCCGUGGAUCUCAGCCCCAGCUCUGGCCCCAGCCUCACCCUCGGGCCCGACCCCUUUCCUCUUCAGCCCUGGGGUCCUGCUCUCUGAGCCAGAAUAUUGCCCUUGGAGGUCUCCGAAGAAGGAGUCUCCCAAGAUCUCCCAACAUUGGAAGGAGACCAAGCCCAGGGGAAACUUGACAUACCACCAGUACAUGCCCCCAGAGCCAAGACAAGGGUCCAGGGCUGGCCCCCAAGCCGAGGGAUCUGCCCUGGGUCCCCCCAGGCCACCUGUGUGGGAAGGGACAAACUCACAGCAACUACAUACUAGGAUGAAGCCCACUCCCCUCACUCCCUCCCCACCAGGAGUUACCAGCCCCUCGCCCCCUCCACACAAGUUGGAACUUCAGACCCUUAAACUGGAGGAACUGACGGUUUCAGAGCUCCGGCAGCAGCUGCGCCUGCGGGGCCUCCCGGUGUCUGGGACCAAGUCGAUGCUUCUGGAGCGCAUGCGCGGCGGCGCCCCGCCCCGUGAGCGGCUGAAGCCGAGGCGCGAGGAUACUGCGGAGGGUGCUUCCUGGACUUACCUCAGACCCAAGGCCCCGGGAACCGCCCGGCGGCAGGGCGUGGUCAAGCCGAGACCAUCGUCUCACAAGCCACCUCUUCCGCGUGCCGUGGAUACCCUUGUGGCGGCUCCGGUUCCGGCUCCAGCUCCAGCCCUGAUCCCUUCCUCAGCACCGGCCUCAGCAGCCUUGACUCUGGAGGAGGAGCUCCAGGAAGCGAUCCGGAGGGCACAGUUGCUUCCGAAUCGGGGCAUCGAUGACAUCCUGGAGGAUCAGGUGGAACCUGAUGACCCGCUGCCCCCUAUCCCCCUGGAUUUCCCCGGAUCCUUCGAUGUGCUGUCCCCUUCCCCGGACUCUGAAGGCCUUUCAUCUGUCUUCUCCUCUUCACUCCCGUCCCCUACGAACUCCCCAUCCCUCUCUCCCAGGGGCCCCACAGACUCCUUGGACUGGCUGGAGGCCCUGAGUGGGAGUCCUCCGCUGGACUCUGGCCCCCCAGCCCCCAGCAUCUUCUCUGCUGACUUAUCUGACUCCAGUGGCACCCGGCUGUGGGAUCUGCUGGAGGAUCGAUGGUGAUGGAUUCUGGGGUUUUUCAGGCACUGAGAACUGGUGGGGGUGGAGAGGUCACUGAGAGAGACUCCCUGAGAGAGGGGAUAAAGCAACCAGCAGAGCCCCUGCCACGAUAGACACAAGAUCAGAGACAACCCCCAUCCCAACCUGGCCCCUGAACUGCUGCUGACAUGCCAAAUGCCUGAACUUUGCCUGCCUGACCUCCGUAUGAUCCCCCUUCGGUGGUUGUAUGGUUGGGGAGAGGGGAGUUCAUUUGCUGCUGGCCAGGGCAAACAAACUGCUUGCUGCUUCCUCCAGAGGUCUCAUCGAUGUUUUUAUCUCCCCCCACUCCCACCCCUCAACACAUGCUGGAUGGCUGCCUGCUGUCUGGGGAGUCUGGAAGGUGGUUAUGCUUUUUAGAUGCAAGAGAGGGGCAGAGAAACGUGGAGAGGGAGAAAAGGGGAGCCUGGUCCUUGGGUUCUAGUUGGAAGUGAGAAAAUAAAAAUUGUUGGUCUGAGGUCAGCUUCUCUUGGAAGAAGAGUCUGAGACAAGA